AUUUAUCCUUGAAUGGAGGAAGAGUAAACUGUGUGGUUUUUAAUCUAUUAUUUAUUUUUAAUUUUAAAUUUUUGUUUACAAACACGAUCUAUGUGAGUGAUAAAAAUUGAUAUUUUUUAAGGAGUGCAAAGUUUAAUGAUUUCAAAUGUUUUGCAUACAAUAAAUUUGUAAUUUGGUUUACAAGUGUUCUUUUUUUUUUGUUUUGUUUGUUCUUUUGUUUUUGCUUAACACAAUGCCUGCUUUGUUAGGAAAACUUGUUUUAGUCACUGGAGCUGGAUCAGGAAUUGGUCGGGCAGCAUGUCAACUAUUCUCCAAAGAAGGGGCAAAAGUGAUUGCCGCAGAUAUCGAUUUAAAUCGUGCACAAAACACCGUGGCAUUAUUAAAUGAUAUUGAUGAACAUUUACCAUUACAAGUUGACGUUACAAAUCUACAAAAUGUAGGUCUGUCGUUAAAAAAGAUCAUGAAAAGAUUUAGUAAUCCACCAACAGUGGUUGUCAACUCAGCUGGGAUAACACGGGAUAAUUUUUUAUUAAAAAUGUCUGAAGAGGAUUUUAAUGCUGUUAUUAAUACGAAUUUAAAUGGAACUUUUAAUAUAAUGCAAACAUUUGGUAACGCUCUGGCGAAUAUGGAUCCAUCCCCAGGCGGUUCGUUUAUAAAUAUUGCAAGUAUUGCUGGAAAAAUUGCUAAUAUUGGACAAAGUAAUUAUAAUGCUAGUAAAGUAGGCGUAGAAGCAUUAACCAAAACUGCAGCUAAAGAAUGGGGAAAAUUUAAUAUUCGAUGUAAUGUACUUUUGCCGGGUUUUAUUCGAACCCCAAUGGUUGAAACAGUUCCAGAUAAAGUGAUUGAGGGUAUUUUACGGCAAGUUCCAUUACGACGAAUGGGAAAACCUUCAGAAAUUGCCGAAGUGAUAGUAUUUUUAGCAUCUGAUAAAAGUUCUUAUGUAAAUGGAGCUACAAUUGAAAUAACUGGAGGUUUCUUUUAAAUAGGUUAAAGAAUAAAAUAUGUAAUAAAUAAUCAAAAGUGUAAAUUUUUUUAU